AUGCAACUUGGGAAAGAAAGUGUUUCUUUGGCUUGCACUUACACCUCACUAAUCAUUGAGCCCCGCCCUGCCGGCUGCUGGGCGCGUGGCACAGAGGGAGCAGGGCAGCUGAGUCCCCAUCGCCAGCCGCCACUGCUCCAGGUAGACUCGGUAGACUCAGCUCGCACAGGCACAGGCUUUGACCAAGCACUGCCUCAGAGGCCUGGAACACAGGGUCCUUCCUUGGCCCUAGCAAGAAGUCCUGCAGGUCUUAAGUCCCAGUGUCGGUGUCUCCGGAGCUCGAGCUGCUGUGGCUUAGGCUGGGUGACUCCCGAGGCAAGUCACCUGUUUGACAGCCUCGCACUAAACCAAAGAGCAGUACCUGCGGGCUUCACUCGCUGCUCCAACGGAUUAGAACUCGCUUCCUUGCUCCUCUCUGCCGUCCCAUUCAAAGCUAACUCUGGCUUUAAGGAAAACGCUGAGGGGGCCCAGUUUCUGCAGCGCUUUCUUCUGCAAGAUGAUUAUGCACAUAUUUGCAAACACUUAGAUUUGAAAUCCUCACGAGUGUUUGGGAACAGCAUUCUGCCUUGCCAAGAUCCGUAUUUUGUAGGAGGCCAGAGUUAUAAUUGCCCGUAUUCCACUACAACGUCAGAAUCUAGUGUUGACGUUUCCAAGGAGACUUGGGUCUCUUUCUGGGCUGCUAGUCUCCUAGACAACGCUGAGCCCCAACAAGCACCACAGACACAGGAAGCAUCCUGUGACUUAAAUUUCCCUGUUCUGGAUUCAUGUUCAUGGGAAGAGGCUCAGCUCUCCUCUCAGCUCUACAGAAACAAGCAGCUCCAGGACACUCUGGUACAGAAGGAGGAAGAACUUGCUAGGCUACAUGAAGAGAAUAAUCACCUCAGACAAUACCUGAAUUCUACUUUGGUUAAAUGUCUGGAAGAAAAGGCCAAGAAAUUGCUGUCAUCAGAUGAAUUUUCUAAAGUAUGUGGAAAACUCAGAAAGGAGAAGAGGAAACCCAAAGAACACAGACACUCCCCUGCUGAGAUACCCCAGUCAAAAACUGCCAAGAGAAACCUCUCCACCGAGUUUUCUAACUGUCAAGAACAAACCGGGCCCUGUGUGGAUCCCUGGGUUCUUCAAACCCUUGGGUUGAAAGACCUCAACACCAUUGAUGACACCCUACCAGCUAACUACAGUGCCAUUGCCUCUCAUCCCAUAAUAGUCCCCGGUACAUCCUCCCAGUUUCUACAUGAUACAGUUGGCUAUGCUACUGUUUCUAGAGAUCAACACCUUGACUAUGGAGGCAACAGAGCACAUGCUUCAAAUGUCACCCCCAUCCACCAGCAAGACUGUCACUGUUUUUCUAGGCUUUCCAAUCCUCCGGUAGGGGUGCAAACUCUUCCUUACCACAGUGCAGAUGUGUCACCCAACAAGACAGAGGUGGCCUUUUCCACAUCUCUGAGCCCUCACUGCAAUGUGAAAACACACUCUUUCCAUCAGGGACAAGCCUUUGUGCGUCGAGAUGAGGAGGGAGGCUGGAAGUUUACCUGGGUCCCUAAGGAGCCUUAG